AUGUACCUGCAUCCGAGGCUGCUCUCGCUGGCAGCAGACGUUCGAUGGCGCAUCAUAAUCUCGGCGAUCGUGGGCAUGCUUGCUGUUGCUGCCGGUGUGGCGCGACUGGCUGUUGCUGCCCUGAUCAUUGUGGAGGUGGUGCGAGGUAACGCGACCUUCGAGUCCUUGACUUGGCCCCUGGUCGGCAUGGCCGCCCUCAUUGUGGUACGGGCCUGCCUCCAGUACCUGCAGGAAGUGAUGAGCCACCACACCGCCAGCUUGGUCAAGGUCAAGUUGCGAGAGCGGCUCUACGAGCACUCGCUGGCGCUGGGAUCCGGCCACUUUGAUUCCUCGCGCACCGGCGAUGCGCUGAUGUCCUUGGCCGAAGGCGUGGAGCGCCUGGAGGCGUUCUUUGGCCGGUACCUGCCCCAGAUGAUCGUCGCCGCACUGGCGCCUGUCGUAAUCUUCAUUUUCAUGGCUCUGAUCGAUUUCCGGACGGGGCUGAUAUUCCUGGCAUUUGCGCUGCUGACCCUGGUCAUUCCCAACAUGUUCCACCGGUGGAACCGCGAGCGCAGCAUGGCUCGCCGCGACGCCUAUGGCGCGCUGGGAGCGGACUUCCUCGACGCGGUCCAGGGACUGACCACGCUCAAGUCCUUCGGGCAGAGCCGUAUUCGCGGAGAACUCCUGGCGGAACGAGCCCGCGACCUGUUCCGCACCACCAUGGGCGUGCUCGCCGCCAACGCCGCAACUGGCGCGCUGACCAUUCUCGGCAUCACCGGCGGGGCCGCGGUUGCCCUGGGCUGGGGGGCCAUGCGUGUGGCCGAUGGGGACCUCGAGCUUCGAGCGCUGAUGAUAGUCCUCUUGCUGGGGGUGGAGGUGUUUCGCCCCCUGCGUGAGCUGGUGCAGCUCUACCACGACGGCGUGAUGGCUAUGUCUUCGGCGGAAGGUAUUUUCGCCAUCAUGGACUCACCGGUUGCCGUUCAGGAGCCGAACCGGCAACAGGCUGCGUCCUCGACUGCUGAGCCAACCGGUUCACUUAAGCCCGAAGUGGCCUUCGAAAAUGUGAGCCAUGCCUACAGCGAGGGCCGACGACCGGCCCUGCAUGAUCUUUCGUUCACCCUUCACGAAGGAGAGAGCCUGGGGCUCGUCGGCCCCAGCGGCGCGGGAAAAUCCACCAUCGUCUGGCUGAUGCUGCGUUUCUUCGAUCCACAGCAGGGAGUCAUCCGGCUGGGCGGGCGCGACGUGCGGGACAUACCGCUCAGCGAGUUGCGCGAACAGCUGUCGGUAGUAACCCAGGACACCUACCUGUUCCAUGGGUCCGUCGCGGAGAACCUCCGCUUCGGAAACCCCAAUGCGACCCAGGCGCAACUGGAGGAGGCUGCCCGGGCGGCCAACGCCCACGAAUUCAUCAGCCACCUCCCCAACGGAUAUGCGACCGGGGUCGGUGAGAGGGCGGUCCGGCUAUCCGGCGGGCAGAAGCAGCGGAUUGCCAUCGCCCGAGCCCUGCUUAAGGAUGCUCCUAUACUGAUCCUCGACGAGGCCCUGUCCAACGUGGACGCCGAGAACGAGGCCGUCAUCCAGCAGGCCCUCGACCGGCUCAUGGAUGGCCGCACCACCCUGAGAAUCGCCCACCGCCUCUCCAGCGUGGUCAACGCAGAUCGCAUCCUGGUGCUGGACAACGGCAGGCUGGUCGAGACCGGCAAUCACGACGACUUGGUCGCGGCGGGCGGACUGUACGCUGACCUCAUGGCCCAACAACAGGAGCGCCUCGACUUCGACGUGCACCCCUCCGGAGAGGAUCUCCACCAUGCGGUCCCAUCGACCGCCGCGGUGGACGUGAGCGCGUUCAUGCCCAGUCCGGCGCAUCAGGGCCACGACCAUCAUCACGCGGCGCCGCAGGCCCAUCGUCGCGACCACGAUGACGAUCAUCAUCAUGCCGCCGACAUUCCUUCCAACGAACACCAGGGCCACGGGGAUCACCGAGAGGCUCAGCCGCACACCCGUGUCCACGACGACCACGACAACGCCGUCGAGGCCCACGAGGCCGUGGAGGGUCGUCAAGAGCACAGGCAUGGCCCGCAGCCGGAUGCGUCGGCAUUUAUUCCCCAGCCUGCGCACGGUGGACACGGUGGUCACCACCACGAUGCCCCUGCGGCUCAACACCAUGGGGAAAACGCCCACGGUGGUGGCCACCGUCCUCUCAGCAUCAUCACGAUAUGGGUACGCCUGCUGGGGCUGGUGAAGCCGUGGCGGAACGAGCUCAUCCUCACGUUCCUGCUGGGAGUGGCUCACCACGGCACCGCCAUCGGUGUCGGCGUGGUCAGCGCCCUGCUGGUGGGACAGGUUAUAACCGGCGGCGACCUGACCCUGAUGCUGAUCCUGCUGGCGGUGCUGACGCCGUUGGCGGCCUUCUUCAUCUGGACGGAAUCGUGGGUGGCCCACGACCUCGCCUACCGGCUGCUGGCUGAGAUGCGGGUCGACGUUUAUCGCAAACUGGACCCGCUGGCACCGGCCUACAUGACCCGGCGGCGCUCCGGAGACCUGGUGAGCGUGGUGGGCGGCGACGUGGAGACGGUGGAGUUCUUCUUCGCCCACACCAUUACCCCGGCCUUCACUGCCGUUGUCGUGCCGGGUGUGGUCGUCGCUGUUCUGGCGGUAAUCGCCUGGCCCAUGGCGAUCGCCGUCGCGCCGUUCUUGGUGGCCGUCGCCCUGAGCCCGUUCUUCGCCCAGAAACGCUCGGAGAGGCUGGGCGAGGAGCUGCGGCACCAGUUGGGCGAUGUGCACGCCCACAUGGUUGACAGCAUCCAGGGGAUGCGGGAGAUCGUCGCCUUUGGGCAGGGACCGUCCCGCACCGCCGAGAUGGUGAGCAACAGUUGGCGGUUCGCUCACAUUCAGCUUCGAUUCCUCAAGGAGAGGGCCUUCCAGAUCGGCUUCAUCGAAGCAAUGACUGCCUUGGGCGGGCUGGUAGUGCUGACAGUCGGCGUCUGGCUCUACACCAACGGCAGUAUCACCAGGCCUGAGCUGAUUCUGGCGGUGGUACUCUCGGUAGCGGCGUUCGCUCCGGUGUCAGACCUCGCACGCACCAUGAAGCAAUUGAUGGAGACCCUGGCGGCCUCCCGCCGGCUGUUCGCUAUCCACGACGAACCGGUCCCAGUGAUCGAUGGCCAGGGGGUUCACGGUACGUUGAAACCGGAUCAGGCCCCCGCAUUGGUCUUCGACGCUGUGGCUUUCGACUACGGACCGGGAGAGCCGCAGGCCUUGAAUCACCUGAGUUUCGAAGUUGAACCGGGACAUACCGUUGCCCUGGUGGGAAGGUCGGGCGCCGGGAAGACCACCUGCGCCAAUCUGGCGAUGCGGUUCUGGGACCCGGGCCACGGUUCAGUGCAACUGAAUGGUCACGAUAUCCGGCAGUUUAAGCUGGACGAUCUGCGCCAGCAGAUCGCACUGGUGUCUCAGGACACCUACCUUUUCAACGCAAGCAUUCGCGACAACAUCAUGCUGGGUCGGCCCGAGGCAAGUCAGGAUGAGUUGGAGGCGGCGGCACAACAGGCCAGCUGCCACGAAUUUAUCACCGCGUUCCCAGACGGAUACGACACCAUCGUCGGCGAACGCGGUAUGCAACUUUCGGGCGGGCAAAGGCAGCGGGUUGCCAUCGCUCGCGCCCUGCUCAAGAACGCGCCCGUGCUGAUCUUGGACGAGGCCACAUCCCAUCUGGACGCGGUGAGCGAAAGCCAAUUGCGACGGGCUCUGGAGACACUGAUGGAGGGGCGCACCACUCUGGUGAUCGCCCAUCGGCUGUCCACCAUACGAAACGCCGACCGAAUCGUGGUGCUGGACCGUGGCGAAGCCAUCGAACAGGGUAGCCACCAGCAACUGCUGGAGCAGCAGGGCCUCUAUGCGCAGCUAGUCGCAACGCAGAUGGUGAGGGCAACCAACGGACACGACCCUCACGGCGGAGAGGAUGACGACGAACAUGACCGCCAUGCGCCGCUGCCAGCGGAGUGGACAGGCGCUCCUGGAGGCCAUCAACACCACCAUUAG